UCAGUCGCUACAAGAGUUCAGUUGGCGCUUAACGUUUGUGGCGGACGCACUUUGGAGCUGGACUGAAGGAUCGUCAAAUCGCGUUUGACGACGGAACGCGUCACGUUUGACGUGUAUAUAGGUCCACAACGUGUUUGACCUAACCGUCAACGCGUUUAUUAACGUGUCUAUUAUUCGUUGACCGUCAACUGGUUUUCGGGAAUAAUUGAGGAAUUGGAAAACUGGAUCAUUAAACCUUGAUCAUGGCUACCUCUUCACGGUGGUUGGACACCGCCGGAUUUUUGGUUGUAUUAUUCGUUCUCGGUGGCAGUCUAGAAUCCAACGCUUUAGCUGGUUACCGUCUUCCAGACAAUGUUGUUCCUGAACAUUACAUUGUGGAUAUUAUUACCAACUUGGAGGAGGGUGAUUACACUUUCCAGGGCAAAGUGUGGAUAAGGGUGAAAGCAAACAAGGCAACCGACUCGAUCAUUCUGCACUCGCGCAACCUGACUAUUCCCGAGUCGGAGGUGAGCGUGAAGUGGCUGCCGAAGAAUGGCGGCGGUGAAUCGGCCAACAAUGCCGUGCCAAUUGCCAACACCAAGUUUGUCACCGACAACGAGUUCUACAUCAUCAAACUGCAGCGUCAGCUGACGGCUGGAGAGAAGUACAUGAUCAACAUCCCCUUCAGCGGCGAGCUCACUGAGAGUCUGGCCGGAUACUAUAGGUCCAGCUACUUCGAUCGGGCCGCUAAUCAGACUAAAUGGUUAGCAGUCACCCAGUUCGAAUCAACGGAUGCGAGACGCGCAUUCCCCUGCUUCGACGAGCCAGCCAUGAAGGCUGUCUUCACCAUCAACCUGGGCCACAAGAAGCACCUCAAGUCCAUCAGCAACAUGCCAUUGAUCAACACCACCGACAUUGAAGGCAUGGACGGUUGGGUUUGGGACCACUACGGCGAUUCUGUGCCAAUGUCGACCUACCUGGUGGCCUUCAUGGUGUCGGAAUUCGAGUUCCGCGACGGCGACCCGACGCCCAACAACAACGUGUCGUUCCGCAUCUGGGCGCGCAAGGACGCCAUUGACCAGGUGGAAUUCGCCCGCCAGGUGGGGCCCAAGUUCCUUGCCUACUUCGAGGAGUACUUCGACGUCAAGUACCCGCUGCCCAAACAGGAUAUGGUCGCCAUUCCCGAUUUCAACGCCGGCGCUAUGGAGAACUGGGGACUCAUUACUUACAGGGAAGUAGCCCUGCUAUUUGACGAGAAGUCCUCAUCGACGGCGAGCAAGCAGUACAUAGCAUCUGUGAUUGCCCACGAGCUGGCGCACCAGUGGUUCGGCAACCUGGUCACCAUGAAGUGGUGGACUGAUCUCUGGCUCAACGAGGGAUUCGCCACCUUUGUUGCCACCCUAGGCGUACAGCAUGAAUUCCCAGACUGGAAAUCGUACGACAACAACGCAGUGGAUAACCUGUUGGUUGUGUUCUCUUUGGACUCUUUGAAGGCAUCUCAUCCCGUGUCUGUACCCAUUGGAAACCCCAGUGAAAUCACACAGAUCUUUGACACUAUUUCCUACAAGAAAGGCUCAUACCUGCUACGUAUGAUGAACCUAUUCCUGGGUGAGGAGGUGUUCAGACAGGGUGUGUCCAACUACCUGAAGGCUCAUCGCUACUCGAAUGCUGAACAGGACGACCUGUGGGCGGCGCUCACUGACCAGGCGCACAAGGCGGGAUCACUGGACAAGGCGCUCACUGUCAAGGAGAUCAUGGACACCUGGACGCUGCAGACCGGAUAUCCGGUCGUCACUGUUACUAGGGACUAUGAGAAGGGGGCUGCUACUGUGUCACAGAAACGCUACCUGGCGGUGAAACUGACCGGCCGCGACUUGGAGAAGGAGAAGUCGUGCUGGUGGGUGCCGCUGAGCUACACGACCCGCAAGGAGGCCGACUUCAACGAGACCAAACCCAAGCUGUGGCUCAACUGCAAGGAGGAUGCCGAAAUACACGACAUUGGGGCCAAGGAUGAGUGGGUCGUAUUCAACACCAAGGCUGCUGGUGUUAAUACUAGAUUUAUGCGAGGGCUGUUGACCGAACCGUACAAGAAGUAUGGCAACUUUGCCGAAAUUCCCAGUGCCAUUGAGGAGAUCAAGUUCAAGAGUCUGAUUGUGGGCUGGGCAUGUCGCAUGGAAACUGAGGACUGUAUUAGCCAAGCACUCACUCUCUUCAAGAAGUGGAAGGCAGAGGCUGAUCCUGAUGCUAAUAAUCCAAUUCCGAACGAUGUGAGAGGAUUGGUGUACUGCCUGGGAGUGAAGCACGGUGGUGAGAGUGAAUGGAACUAUUUGUGGACUCGUUACCAGAAGUCAAACGUGGGCAACGAACAAACCCUGAUCCUGUCAGCGCUGGGCUGCACCAGGGAUGUGUGGCUGCUCAAUAGGUACUUGGAUAUGUCGAUCGACCCUAUGUCAGCCAUCAGGCGACAGGACAGCUCCUCUGUCUUCUCAGCGGUGGCCAGGAAUGAUGUGGACUACCUCGCCAAAUCUUUCCUCUACAGCAAUGUCAAGAAGAUUCAUGACUACUACGGCCCAAAGACCACAAGACUUGGCAGAUACGUUUCAACAGUCGCUGAUCACAUGAUUCAUGAUGAGGAAUUGACAGAGCUGAAAAAAUUUGUGGAGCAACACAAGGAUUACCUGAAAUACUCACUUUUGGCGACCACGCAGAGUAUUGAGUCUACAGUCGUCAAUAUCCGUUGGUUCGGAAACUACUAUUCGAAAAUACAGCGGCUGGUUACGCUCUAAAAGAGAGCACAUGGAAAUAUUGGAAAUAAAUAUCUGUGACUUCCCUAUAAAUGGUAAACUAUCAGGCAUUUUGCGUACAAAAUUCAAGCCUUAAUUUUGUGUACCAAGUUGUUCAACCAGGAUUUGUUGUACACGCUUUUUUAAAUCUUUUUAUUUAUCGUCAAAUGUUGAGCGUUAUUUCAUUCUAUGAUAUUUAAUUCAAUUUGAAGCUAUAAAACAAGACUAUCUGAAACUAGAUUACGGUGAAUUUCCACUUUCGAUAAAAUUUGAGCAUUAUUUCAUUCUGAUAGUUUGAUUCCAUUCUAUGGUUAUAAACCAGGAUUUCAUCAAAACAGAUUCCUUAUCAUGUUAAUCAACUAGAAUUGUACAGAAUUGAAAAAAAAUCGUUUUUUAGUAAAGUUUCGAACAAAAUUUGUGAAUUAUUUUAUUUACAAGCUUCAAACCAGCAUUAUGUUGCACUUUAUAGUACCAGUUUUAAUUUAAUGUCAACUUUUGAACAAAAUUUGAGAAUUAUUUAAUGUAUUGUGCAAAGCUGUGAACCAGGAAUAUGAUCUCUACAUUCUUCGAUCCAGGAUUUGUUUUUCCAUUAAUAAAUCUUAAUUUAUUAUAAAUUCUAGAACAGAAUUUUAGCAUUGUUUAUUUUAUAGUGCAGGCUUUUAAUCAGGACUAUGUUGUGCUCAAUUUAUUUCACCAGUUCACAUCUAAACCAUCCAACAAAAUUUGAACUUUGCAUUGUUGUACCUUGUUGUACCAAACAAAUUUUCAUAUUUUCCACUUUUGAAAAUCGAGACCUCGUAAUUUUUUUAGAAUGGAAUUGAUUAAUUCAUUCAUUAAAUUACAGCGGAAACUAUUUUUACUCCAUUUAUAACUUUAAUAUUCAAUCCUAUUAUCAUUUUUGUUAGUAAUAUUUUUUAUCUACCUUACUCACAUUUAAAAUUCAGGACAAAUAUUAAUCCACCAAUUCACCCUUGAUCAAAUUUUGUUAAACUAAGUUUUUAUUCGAUUGAAACUGUUUGUUGCUUACAAAUAUGGUAUUUUAGUAUUAGUUUUUUAUGUUUUGAAUAUUGUUUUUUAUAAAACCAUUUUACCACAUCACUAAUGGAAAUAUAUAAUGUGUACUUAACUUAUGUGUAUUAAAAAAUAUUGAUGAAAAUAA